GUCAGGACACAAUUGCAGAGCCUGGCAGCUACUUCAAUUUUCUUGUGUCUCUAAGGGCAAGCCCAGAAAUGUCAUCUAAGAAGCAGGCCUCAGCAAAUCCAGCAGAGGAGACCAUACCUGCCCCACUCACCAACUACAAAAUUCAGUAUACUAAGAUAUUUAUAAACAAUGAAUGGCAUGAUUCAGUGAGUGGCAAGAAAUUCCCUGUCUUUAACCCUGCUAAUGAAGAAAAAAUUUGUGAUGUGGAAGAAGGAGAUAAGGCAGAUGUGGACAAGGCAGUGAAAGCAGCAAGGCAAGCUUUUCAGCUUGGGUCCCCAUGGCGGACAAUGGACGCUUCACAGAGAGGGCGGCUCCUGAACAAACUGGCUGAUUUAAUGGAAAGGGACCGUCUGCUCUUGGCAACAUUAGAAUCAGUGAAUGCUGGAAAAAUCUUUCCCAACGCCUAUAAGAUGGAUUUAAGUACAUCUCUCAAUAUGUUACGCUACUUUGCAAGCUGGGCUGAUAAGAUUCAGGGUCGUACAAUCCCAAUAGAUGGACAGUUUUUCUCAUAUACAAGACAUGAACCUAUUGGUGUUUGUGGCCAAAUCCUUCCUUGGAAUUUCCCUUUGGUUGUGCUUAUGGUGAAAAUUGGACCUGCCCUUUGCUGUGGAAAUACUGUGGUUGUCAAACCAGCAGAGCAGACCCCACUCACAGCUCUUCAUGUAGCAUCAUUAAUUAAAGAGGCAGGAUUUCCUCCAGGAGUAGUGAAUAUUGUGCCUGGUUAUGGACCCACAGCUGGAGCAGCCAUUUCUUCUCACAUGGAUGUAGAUAAAGUGUCCUUCACAGGGUCCACAGAGGUUGGCAAGCUAAUCAAAGAGGCUGCUGGGAAAAGCAACCUGAAAAGGGUUACACUGGAACUGGGAGGAAAGAGUCCUUGCAUUGUAUUUGCUGAUGCUGACUUGGACAGUGCUGUGGAAUUCGCGCACCAUGGUGUUUUCUUCCAUCAGGGCCAAUGCUGCAUUGCUGCAUCCAGGCUUUUUGUGGAAGAGUCUAUUUACAAUGAGUUUGUUCAGAGGAGUGUAGAGCGUGCCAAGAAAUACACACUGGGCAAUCCUCUGAACCCAGGAAUACAGCAAGGCCCACAGAUUGAUAAAGAGCAAUACACCAAAAUACUUGAUCUCAUUGAGAGUGGGAAGAAAGAAGGAGCCAAAUUGGAAUGUGGAGGAGGACCAUGGGGAGAGAAAGGUUACUUCAUCCAGCCCACAGUUUUCUCCAAUGUUACUGAUGAGAUGCGCAUCGCCAAAGAAGAGAUUUUUGGACCAGUCCAACAAAUCAUGAAGUUUAAAACUAUUGAUGAAGUGAUCAGGAGGGCCAACAACACCCACUAUGGCUUAGCAGCAGGUAUUUUCACCAAAGACCUGGAUAAAGCCUUGACAAUUUCUUCUGCCCUUCAAGCUGGAACAGUCUGGGUGAAUUGCUAUGGUGGGGCUUCUGCUCAAGUCCCUUUUGGUGGAUACAAGAUGUCUGGAAAUGGGCGAGAAAUGGGAGAAUAUGGUCUCCAUGAAUACACUGAAGUCAAGACUGUCACAAUCAAGAUUUCUGAGAAGAACUCCUAAGAAUGCUACAGGAGAUGGUGCUCCAUAUCUUCAAUGGAUGACCCCAACAUAUGAAAGUUAUUACAACUGCCAUUUUCCCUGAUUAUUGACAUUAGCAGCAUUAAAAAUGUUAUAACUAGGACAUGUCAUGUGCCUUCUUGCUCUCAUGUAAACAUGGUAAAUCCUAUUCUUCCUGAAAUUUGAGAAGUGCAAUUAACUCAAGAUCUCUCAGGUAUUAGAAAAGUCAAGAGUUUUACUUAGUAAAUGAUUCUUGCAGAGUUUUAAGUCAUUAAAAAAUUGAGAGGACCAUUUACGGUUUUACUUUUUCUUUCUGUUAAUGGCUAAUUGAAACUUACUACACAUGUUAAGUUACAAAAUAGAUGCACUUUGUUCACUGAUGCUGUCUUCUUUACCUUUGGAAACGAUUCUUCACCUUGGAAACAGUGACUGUGUCCAAUGAAGUAAUAACCACUCUGCUAAACUGUAAUUUCAAUAUCAGAUCCAUUAAAACAAUCUUACAUUACUCUGUGUACAUGUUGACAUUUUAAGAACACAUCUUCAUUGUGGAAGUUUCCAUUUCAUUAAAUGUAAGACAAAUUUGGUGUCA